GUGUAGCGGGUAAAAAUACAACUUCUUGGCCGCGUUUUGCAACGUCAUCUAUCUCAAUGUUUCUCUCAGUCUUCUCUCUAGUACAGAAUCUAUCGCACUAACUAGGAAGACGAAGAAGACGUUCGUGGUUUUUUACUAUUUAUCGUACUUAUACUUAACUUUUUAGCCGAUAGAGUCGAAGAAGUUUACCUUUAUUUUCCAAUGAUUUCGUAGUAUUUUUGUCGAUAAAUUAGUCCUAUUUGUUCGUUCUGUCUCUAGCCAAAGAAUCUGCUAGCAAUAAAGGUCGUGAUCAACGCCCACCCUUUCCCGCCACGGUCCCGGAAAUUUUACCAAUAGAAAGGAAGUUAUUGAAUAUUGAAAUAAGAAACAAUUAUAAUACUAGACGAGCGAAAGUUCAAUAAUCUAUUUUUAGAGGUGGAAACGAAGUAGAUGUAGCAUCCUUUGUUCUUCUUCUUGUCCGAUCAGCCACUCAAGUCGAAUUGUGAAAAUUUGGCUUCGGUCGUGUUGGUGAGUUUUCCCUCCGUCACUAGUAUCUUUGACCACUUAUGUAGAAUCCGCAAAGCCAAAGCGAUUUAAUCUCAUCUAGGUCUUUCACACCACGUUUUGCUUCCACCGGGCUUCCGUUUUAAUACUCCGCUUUUUGUCACUGUAUAAACAUACGCACGCGCAAGCACCCGCAGAUAUUUACUGUACAACUUCUCGUGAUCUAUUGGCCAUGUUAGUUUUUUUUUCCUGAAUAAAGCUAAGAGUAAGAAGUUGAAGUUUAAGUUUCUGACGCUUUUUCAACGGCCUAUUGAAGAGCUGCAGCAAACUGCUUCACAAAAACCGGCCGCCUGGUACUGUUGGCUACUUUCGUCGGUCGUCCUCUAGUUGUACCACAGUUUUAAGAUAAUAUAGCUUUCCCGACUUAUUUCACCAGGUAGUCUUACACUUACUCUUACUCAGAAAUAUUCCAUCGCAGCAACAAAAACUAAAACUUCUCUUCCAACUUCCAUUCGGGGACUCAACUUGCUUUCGUCUCGUCGGAUGGUUUCGAAAUAACUUCCGGCGACAAGAAGCAACGAACUGAGCCGCCUGAAUGCCGCAUGAUCGAUAAAUCCUUAAAAUGAGUCUACUUCUCCACAUUGAUUUCUAGUAGCCCUCUUUCGAAACCAGGUUGUCUGGAGGUCGCAAUGCCAGUGCUAGGAUGUUGCUCGUAGAUGUAUAGGAUUAGUAAUCCUGCGUCAGCGUCGGGAUCGGGUCGUGCAACUAGAAUUUCGUCGUACUAUCGGAGAUCGAACAGGAGACUCUUGCUGCAGUACUUCGAUUCGUCAUGUACUGCAGUACUGCUCGUAGAGCAGGAGCAAUCUAUCGUGUCGCAAAAAAUUGAAGAACCUCGUGGUCCCAGCAAAUAACAUGAAUACUAAAACACACCCUUGAUGACGGCGAGGCAUCAAAUAUUUUUAAGGCGUUUUUUUUUUGAAGAGUAAGAAAAGAUAAACGUGCAUAAAAAUAUUCGGCAAGGUGGGAGCUACUGAAGCAACAAGAAGGGACAACACUUGUUUCUAGUUGCCAGCCGGGGUUUCCUUCUUGAGCAUUCAUCGAUCAAGAAUUGGUCACUCUGCAGCGGCGCGGCGGUGAUCAUUUUUGUCGCCAAGUGCAAGAGAAGUGCUGUCCGAGGAAUAACAGAAAAAACCACGAGCGCGCGCUGCUCAUCAUCUUCUGCGGACGACAAAGAUCAUUAUACGAAGAGCAACGUCUACGUCGGCUUACCGGCAGGCAUCAAUACCGCGAAGGCCGCGAAGAUUUUUAGUUGCGAAGAAGGAAGAACAGCUGGUGCGUGUGACGCACGAAACAGGACAAAAGCAUCAACGAAACGGAAGUACCUUGGCGGCGUAGACAAAUCCAUAGAAUACAGCAGGCGAGGCUUCUAAGAGUAUCACAGCAGCGUCAACAUCUACUUCAUCUCUGGAGGUCAAAGAUCCCGUCGCGCAGGAGAAAUUCUUUCUGGUUUUUCCAAGCGAUAAAAUUACGCCGCAUUGUUUUGCGGCCGGACGACUCGUCUCCACCUAGGCAAAAGCAGCAAUAGGACGCUUUUAAUAGAAGCUGAAAGUACAAGGUAGACUUCGAGGACGCGGGCGAGCAGCUGCAGCAAGCAGUACACGAGUAUUAAAGAAACCACGGGUCGACGUCGGCUCCUGAUUAAGUAGAACGAGAGAGACAGAGAAUAAACCAGAAAAAUGGUGACGGGUAGUACUACAGCACCAGGCGGAUCUUGUUCCACUGCUAGCUCUAGCAGCUCAUCUUCCGCGCGGAGAACGUCGGGAAGUAACAGUACGGACGCUCUUAGAAGUACUACAACCACACCGGCGAAGGAAGACAGGCGAGUAAGAACAUUCCGAGGGAGCAGGGGCAGCACAGCAAGCGGCAGGAAUAUGUUGACAACUUCUUCUUGUUCGUCAAUUACAUCAGCGAGCAGAACAAGGUCAUCUUUCGUCAGAAUAUGGUGGAAUCAUGCAAAUAGUGAUGAUCAUCUUGGUCUGAAAAGUAAAAGAUGACGUUCAAAUCGUCCAGAUGCGAAUGACAAGUCGACUUUUCGUUUUGUAAACAAGCUAUGUAUAGAAACUUCUUUACUCGGCAGGAUCAUGCACCAUCACAGAGCUUAAUUAUGCAGUGGUCCUGCACCUGCUGUACUUGUUAGAUCUCGAAGAGAGUCGCGACCACUACACCAGGGCGGGACCUUCUCCUGCGUCGAUGAGAGGCGCAUUUAAGUACUUAUCCAGCCAAGGAGUCUUGUUCGCAAAAAUCUACUUCCAGACGACCAAGUGAUAGGAAACAUCAUAUUUGCAAUGCAUACAAGGCCGCCUUCGGCUGCUCCACAGCAGCACUCCUCCUCUCGCCACAGCAUUCAGUGCUCGUCAAUGCAGACAGCGCGGCAGGGACCACUCCAGGCGGGGCAGCUGCAGCAGGCCUGCAACAGCCCGGGUCGUAUCCUGUGCAAAAGUAUCGUACUCGUGUAAAUGCAUUACAAACUUCCUCAGCGUGAGAAAUAAAAUUUGUAAUGCAGAUUUGCCUUGGAGACAAGAUUUGUAAUGCUAAACUUGCAUUUGUACGAGUGCGAUACUUUUGCACAGGAUAGCUCGCAGUUUAUGGCGAAACAGGGACAACAAGGCGACCCGAUCGACGGUGCGAACCCCAACAGGGAAAUUCCGAUCACCGAUGCAAACGCUGCUUUGCUCGGAGGGGACAACAUCAAAGGAGGUGCCGCACCCGCAGGCGGCUCUGCGCCCAGUCCACCUGUCGACAACGGGCAGCAAUCUACUUCCGUCAUGACCAAUACAACCGAGGGACCACUGACCUUUGAUCAAGUUGUAUCGCAGGAAAAAAAUGUCUUUUCUAUGCUGAUGACGGUUUUAUUUUUGCACAAUGUUAAUGUCUAUGUGCUGCAUGAGAUGAUGCGCACUCAUCUGCUCUCUACAUCGUUCUUUCAUCUACUUCUGCCUCUGCUGCAAAAAUACAAGUCGCCGACCUUCCUCUCAAAAGUUAAACAUUUUUUUUUCUGCGAUAAGCCGCGUUAAAGCAGCAGUACGACCGGGAAAUGAAGGCGGAUGUGGACAAGCACCACAUUGAGGUCAUCGAGCGAGAUCUGCCUAGCUACAAGAUCAACAACGGUGUGAACGAGGGGAAAACUGGAUUUCCCUUCGAAAAGGACCACGAAUUCCCGGGCGGUAAGAUGAAAAAUUUAUGACCAACAUCGACAACUUUGGAUUGAUUGAUGUGUUUGUGGCACCAGGACCAGACGAGGACGAGAUGGCCAUGGUGUUUAGGUGUUCCGGCAUGACAAAGAUCAUUAGCGAAUGUCUUUUGGCAUGACAAAGACUGUCAAUCUCUACAACUGGCCAGGUUUCUACGUGGACACGGUAAUCCGCACCGAGAAGGACCGGUGGACGAUUUACAAGGGGCACUAUCAAAUGCAAAUAUGUCUGGGUCCUCUGGAAACUUGUGAUGCUGGUGGUGGAGAGAGACGAGGACACUUCGAUUGACUGCAAAGCAUGACAAGUUUUGAAGGAGCUGCAGUGCUGUCUAAAUUCCAUGACAAAGUGAGCUCCUGCAUGACAGAAAAGUGGGGCUACUUUUGGGGAUACACGUGCAUGACAGACUUGAGAGUCACGCUCGCGAAGCAUGACAAACCUUGCAUCUUCGUUCCAGACCUCCCAGACAUAUUUGCAGGUGAUAGGCACGUUUUCGGAACUACGGACUACUGGGACUUAUGUGUGGUUUACGUGCAGAGGGUGGAUCCGAAUUUUGUCGGCUCCAUGCCCAAAGUGGUAUACUUACAAUGAACUGGUGCGGUUCAUAAUCUAAUUUGCUUUACUUGGAUGUUGUAAAGCGCUACUGGAUGAUGGAUGUUGAAGAUGUUCAUGAUAGCAUGUUGUGUACUAGUCCGUCGAUGCUAAAGUGCAGUGGUAAGGAGCAAGGCUGCAACAACUUGGGCGGUCCCCAUUGAUUUGUUCAGGAUUGCUAUCCAAGAAAAAAAGUGUGUAAGUGUAACCUUUUUGCAGUAACAGCAUUACAGAUUUGUUUUGCAUGACAGAGAAAACCUGUCAUGCGUAGCUAGUACGCGAAAACACGUAUGAAAAUAGCCUCUGAUGCACAUCCAGCAUGAAAAAUGUAACUGUAUUGCAACGUCUGCAACACAAUAAAGCUGCACUUACGCUGCAGUUUUUUUCUUGCAUAAUUGCGGCUUUCUCCGACCCGUGGUCAGCCGGGAACUGGUGCAAAAUCCGUCCGAUGUUUACCCCAACGAAGCCCCCUACUGCGUCCUGCUCUCCGAGAAGGAAGACACGUGGUACCAGGGCAAGCAGUACCGGUUAUCAAGAAGGAAAAUCCUCCCUCGUCCGCCCCAUAUCAAAACGGAAAUCUGUGAUGCAGAUUUGUGGCCACAAAUCAGCUUUGUCAUGCUAGAAAGGAGAGAAAAGAUGUGCAGAAAGUGCUUCCUCGCCCACCCCCCGGGGAGGGGAUCCUUGACCUGUGGCGCUGGGAGCGGGUGUCCACUACGUGAUGAUGAUGAUGAUGAUGACUGCAGUGCUGUGCGGCGUGAGAAGGCCUCGCUCCAUGUUGAGCAUGACAGGAGGCAGCUGGAAGUGGGAAACAGCGUGACAAAUUGUCUGCAAACGAGGCCACGACUGCCGCUUUUGGCCUUCUAGCAAUACAACUCGAUUUGUGUACUCAUGUACCGCAUGACAAAUUUCGUUUUCGAUAUGGGGAGGGGGGAUUUUUCCUUUUGAUGCCGGUAUUCCGCAUGGCAGUUUUUCCAACGCGUUCCGAAGUUCCAGCCGUCCUUUCGCCCGCGGGAAACUUUCGAAUCCGGACAAUUGCCGGGCGUGUAUAAUUGUUUCUGAUAGAAGUGCUGAUGUACUUUCGACGUCUUACUUUUACGAACACAUUCUUGCUACCGAACAAGUUGUGAUGUCCCAUCAUGUUGAUACGACCAUGUUGUGGAUGUGGUUUCAGUUUCUGGGAAGUAGGAAUAGCUUUGAUGCCAUGCAAGAUUUUUUCAGCAUGAUUUGAUGCACGACGUACAAAAAAUACAACGACUGGUCGAUGUUGAUAAUGUUAAAAACACGACAGGAAAUACCGUUUUGAGAAGUUCCUCGGGCGGGGCACGUACGGCGAGGCCUACCUCGGUAUUCGGCUAACGGACAAUCGCCCCGUGGUGAUCAAGGUUCUGUCGGCAAACCCCAAAACCUCCGCGCACACCGAUAUCCACCGGAGAAAAAGUUUCCUGGUUGUGCAACUACUCUUUUUGCAACAAGCAGAGCAUGGUCAUCUCCAAAUUCUGGUUGCAGGAUUCGGAUUGCAUUUUCACCACAGAUGCUGCGAUCAUGCCAUCCUAGUGCUCGUCCGUACCCUGUGCAGUCGCAUGUAGCUGCUGCACCAGGUUUGUGUUUGUCACAGAGACUGAGAGAGUAGAGAUGUGUAUAUUAAUGCACUUUUAUUUGUUUUCUAAAUCGAAGUACGCCAGCUUGAGACUUUUGUAGAGCAUAGCCGACAAGGGCCCGCAGGUGGUGUUCGACAAGCCAAAACAACUGCUUCCCGGUUCAACGAAAUCCGAGCGGGACGCUUGCAACUUGUCGCAGGAGCUGUUUGCGCAGAUCUCAGACAAGUCCAAGUCGCGGUUUGUCGCCUGCUUGGAGGGGGAUGGGUGGAUAUGCAUUGCAAAAGUAUCGUACUCGUGUGAAUGCAUUACAAAUUUCCUCAGCAUGAAAAAUAAAUUUGUAGUGCGGAUUGACCUCAAGAAAAAGAUUUGUAAUGCAUAAACGCAAUUAGUACGAGUGCGAUACUUUUGCACAGGAUAGUGGAUCACGCACAGCUCGGGCGUGGAGUUGCUGUACGCCAUUUGGGAGUACGGGGGCAGUUCGAUCGAGCAGGACCCGCCUAUGGCGCUCUCAAACGUUACUUUCUCAACUGUUACAUGAAUCUGUAAUGCAAGAAUGGCAAAAGCAAAAGGGGGAAGAUUGUAAAAUUUGCAUUACAAAUCCCGCGCAGAUUUAGGCGCUGUUUAGCCCCUCGCAAAUUUGUCAUGCGAAGCAGCUUGAUCUUGUGGAUGAUGAUGGUAGUUUUGCAUGGCAAAUUCAUGCAACAGACGGGAAUGCAACGCUUGAGAACUCCAUACCGCCCAGAACCCUCUCGGACGCCCUGAUCAUCAUGAAAUCGGUGCUGGAAGCAAUUCAAAUUAUCGUCCGGAAAGGUAUAAAAAUGUGAAAGAAGUAUGAGAUGAAUCAUGACCAUGAGCUUAUUUUUAAUAGCCGCGCAUUUGUCGUGUAAUUUUUCGUAAAUAUUAUUUCAAAAUUGUUUACUGUCAUGCCCGGACUGUAAGGCGUUUCCUUUGCCUUUCACAUCACAGGCGACAUCGUCCAUCGCGACAUUAAGAUCCCAAACAUCGUCUGGGAUGCCAACAAGAUCGUGCGCUUGAUUGACUACUCGCUUUCUCGCCGCAUGCGGUCCUCCAUGCAGCACGGCAACCGGUGCUACCACACCCAGCGCUACAACCGCACAAAAAUGCUGCUGGAAACUUUGUAUCCCAUUGGUGCAAAAAUAGAAAAUAUCGCACUCGUUGGAGAUCAUGAUAGAUAUUCACUCUUGCUGUCUGACAUGUUGACCGAUAUACUUGCUACUUUGUAUACCUAAAUUUUUGCAAAUUCACCUCCAUCAUUUUUAUUUGCGUGUUAGUUGUGGAAGAAGCAAGUACAAAUUGCCAUGCAAUUUCUACGUACGAUCGAGUGCGAUAAUUUCUGUAAAGCUGCAUACCUGAAACGAAAAAUUCCGCGGGGAAGGCCGGGCCUGGGAGCUGGGAUGGCACAGGGCAAUUUCCGAAUGGCCGGACUUUUUCCGGGUACUACACUUGACAAAUUGCUUGUUAAGAACCGGUCGUGUCCACCUCUGCAUUGAUGAUAGUACAUAGAUAGAGCGGCUCUCAUUGGUGAAUGACACGAAUGCGCAUUCCUGAUUGUCUUCGUCGUGCUCUUGCAUGUAUAAACUGAUUUGUUCAUGUUUCAAUUCUCACAGCUCCGCGACGCGAUUUGCGAACAGGAAAAAUUCGGAUCCGCGCUCGAGAAGCAGGUGGAAAAGGCAAUAUGGACGGGGAAGAAGAGUAUGUCCAAGAUCACAAAGUUGUUCCUAACCUGAUUACACUUUGAAUAGGGGGCGUUUACACUUGAUCAGUUUGUGACGCUGGCGGAACAACAGUCAUGUCAUUACAUACGAGAUCCAGAAAUAGUAAAGGUAGAGAUGAAACAGAAACAACACUCUUCUUACACCAUGGUACAUGAGGACUGCUCUACUUUCUUGUUGCAUACCGCACCGGGGAUUUUCACUGCCGGGUGCGCGUUCGGCAGCCUACUUUGUACUCCAAAGAGUCUCCGCAUCUGGACCCACAGACCGAGGCCUCGAUCACCAAGAAAAGAUAUGAAAACCGAAAAACAAUGUGUACAACGUACUAGUACUGCUGUUGUGAACACUUUAGAAAUAAUUUUACCACCGCUGCCGUCGGUCUUGACGUGACAACUUGAAAAUUGAAAGUUGUGUUUUGCAUGAACAAGAAGGCGGUGACAUAAAGCGCAGGUAGGAUGCAUGGAGUUGUUAUACGUAGUUUUUCUUCGCAUAGCAGCCCAGUGGUCUUCCGAUGGGGCCUGUGGUGCGAGGAAUACGGGUACAGUCAUCAACUUUUCAUGCAUUCUAGUGUGGGUACCAGCCGGUCUACUGGAAUGAUAUGUAAGAAUGCCAAUUUCGAUUUGUGAUGCUGAGUGUGGAGUUGUAUGUUAGACAAAAACCUCUGUAGUUGCACAGAUCAACCACAAAUAAAACUAUACAGGUAUGUGGUGGAGCAUUUCGGGGAGUAUUUUGGGAUCCAUGAGUUUGACGAGUGGGCAGACGAUGACUUUGCCCUGCCGCAGUUGCAGAACGGGAGGCUGGUAACCGUGGUCACCGAGGAUCAGCUGGGUUCCGAUGCGCUGAAAAAGGAUGUAUCAAAUGCAAAAAUGUCUGGGUCUGGAAACUUUAACUUGUGUUGCUAAAAUGUGGACGAUAGAAACACUUCCGAAUGCUACCUAGCAUGACAAAUUUCCAGAACGCUUUCUCAUAGGCAAUCCGCAUGAAAAGCUUCUUGUUUGGGUUUGCAUGUACAAAAUAGGCUGCGACUUUUGUAGGUUAUGCAAUACAGAUUUCCCAGGUCGUAUGGAAAGCUAGCAUUACAAGUUCCAGCCUUCCAGACCCAGAGAUGUUUGCAAUGCAUAGGAUGCCAAGAAAAACGAAAUCACCUGCGCGAACGGCUUGGACCACUGGUUCGCCGACUGGCCGCACCAAGAAAUCCUGAACUCCCUGCAAGCGAAGGGCAAGGACGAGCGCGACGUCGGGGCUUACCUGGCGACCCUGCCGGAAGUCCAGGAGGAGGCCCGAAACAAACACACCCACUGCAUCAGCUGGACCGCAGAGGCGGCGCCGAAUGAAGUGAAGUCCUAUAUGGUGGAAUUCGACGAGCAGGACCCCCGGUCCUUCGAUGUGCACUCCCUCGGUGUGGUCAUGUCUCACUUGCUGCGGGACCAGUUUGAAGACUACCAUGAUUCUACCCUGUAUCAACUGGAAAAAUUAAAAUACCCCCUCCGCCCCAUAUCGAGAAGGAAAUUUGCCAUGCUGAUUUGUGACCACAAAUCAGCUCUGUCUUGCAUAUGGGGCAUCAAAUGGGGCCCGUUUGGCACAUUCCACAGCCAAUCUGUCAUGCGCUUUUGCAUACUGCAAAGGUGUCUGCCAUGCCUAACCGCUAGCCUGAUCAGGCUUAGGAAGUGCAUCCAAGCGCAUUGUGCAAUACAGCGCUGAUUUGUGUACAGAAAUCCAGCAACAGAAAUUUCCUUUUUUCUAUGAGGUGGGGGCUUUUUUCACUUUGAUACGCUGUACCAAUUCAUCGCCUCGAUGGUGGAGCUAUGCAUGGCAAAUAUGAUCCCCAGAUGUCUGGAAGAUUGCAAGAACUUGUGAUGCUGUCUGCGGAUUCUGAAAGAAAUUGUAUUGCAUGACCAGCAAGGAAGACGAAUCCUCCAGUUUGUGCUACGUGGGGAGGGCAUUGUUUCUCAUGCGGGAUAGGCAUCAGAAAGCUUUCUAAAAAUCUGUGAUGCUAGAUCAUGCAUUACAGGUAUCACUGGUCUUCAUGCAAAUUAUGCACGACAAACCGCUUUCAAUCUUCCAGACGUCCAGGGAUAUUUGCAUUUGAUAGGACCAGAUGACCGAAAUCGACGUGGCGAAGCGAAUGACGGUUGAGUAUCAGAUGCAAAAAUGUCUGGGUCUGGAAACUUGUGUUGCUGAUACAUGCAUUGCAAACUUGUUGCUUGUACGGCAUAACAGCAUGAGAAAUUUCUCUGGGCUCCUUGCGGAUUCAUUCGUGUUUAGCAUUACACAUACAAACUGCCAUCCAGCACGACAAAAAACCUGGCCAUUGGUAUUCAUGCAUUACAGAUCUUGUUGUCCUUGAAGUCCUGCAUCACAAAUCCAGACCCAGACAUAUUUGCAAUCCAUAUUGAGGAGGGCUUGGCGAAGCUUUCCUUCGUGCAGACCUACUACGAUUCGCGCGAGCGGGGUUUGACCGGGCGCAAUUUGAUCACUUCGCUGCAUUAUGCAUUGCAAAUAUGUCUAGGUCUGGUGGAAGGAUACAACUUGUGAUGCUGCAUUGGGAUGUCAAAAAAAAUCUGUAUUGCAUGAGCAGCAAAAGGAAUCUUAUUUUUGCUACGCGGAGGGAGCAUUUCCAUUUGUCAUGUGGAAUAGGCAUCAAGAAGCCCCCCUCAAAAAAUCUGGGAUGCUAGGGCAUGCAUCACAGACAUCAUAGCUCAUGCAAAAUGGUGCAUGACAUUCUUCCAGACCUCCCAGACAUAUUUGCAGUUGAUAUGCAUCGCAACUGGGUGGGAGACCGGAACUACUCCGGAAGCACGAGCGGUACCAGCGAUUCUGCGGAUUCCCGCUCCACCGCGCCAAGUGGCGGGGCCGCCGGGGGGCCAACGACCGGCACCGGAGCUGCAGGCGGGGCCGCAGGUUUGUACGGCAGCAAGGCGCACGAGCAGUUGUAAGAAGAAGUGUGAGCAGGACUCGACUACUAGUAAGUACUAAGUUGCAUCAGACACAGACUAUCACUUGUUCAGAAAAUAUUGAAAAAUAGAAGAUCUGCAACUACUACUUACAGGAGGUCGUCAACUGCAUCUUCCAGCUCUACUGCGUCCGUUGUAGAGCGAGAAGAAGACAGUACAGAUCUUAGAAGUCUUAAGCUGUCGUGCCGGGGGACGAGUAGAAAUGAGUAGUCAGAGAUUUUUACGUUCUUACAAAGAAAUUGAAAUUGCUGCUGACUUCAACUGUGCCGGUAGUUGGAUCAGUGCGUAGAAGUUUAAGUUUUUCAAAUCCACCACGUCGUGUAGCUGCUACACACUGCGCUCUUCAGAAGUAGGCAGAAGUGAAGUUGUCGUGUCCUGCUCAGUGUUGAUUAGUAUCUGACGUCGCGGCGGUGACCUAUUCGCGUGGCUUAUGCGACCGCAGAUAUCUCCCUGAAAAUUUUUGUUCUUUUACUUUCCUCGAUUUAUCCAUCUAUUAUGUACGUCACUUGUAGUUGUUCUUUGAAAUAAACGAUAAAAUAAUGAAAACUACCACGAAUCAAGUGUUUCUAUCUUUUACAACUUUGAUAUUAUUCCGUACAAAGCAACAAAAUUGAAAACACAGUCAGCUUCGGGAGAAAUCGGAGCGCUAGUUGUCAGUCAGUAGCUGAGAAAAAUAAUUCUUGUACCAACGAGUUCUGCCUUGAAGAUUUUUUAUUUUUACCGAGUUUGUUAUUGUUGCUGUUGUGACGCAUUAGAAAUCAAAUUGUUACAUCCAAGAAUAUAAAAUUUCCAUUCGUUUGAUCAUUCAUCAAAAAGCCUUUUCCUCUAUCCGCUACCUGUACCAAGACACACCAUUUUACCAGCGUUCGACACCACCUUCGGAAUACGUAAUGUAAAUAUAUAUGGUGCGAGCAAGAGCAAGACAAGUUGAAGUUCGAAGAAGUAGUAGUAGAAAUUUUCCCUGAACCUACCACAUAUUUUUUCCCACAGCGAGCCUUGUUUCGAGCUUCUUUUGUAUAUAGCAUAUAAUAUCGGCAGCACGGUGCGGGCACGACCAGGAGCGACACAGAACCUCGGCGCAGGAGGAGGGUCGUGCUUAUUGAUAAAAACACAACAACUUAAGAUUACAGCUAUAAUACUAUCAUUGGAGUCAGCAAAUUUUCGUUUUAGUAAGCAGCAGAAUCAAACGCGUUACACCUGAUGUUUAUCCUGGUGAAAAAUCCAGACAACCUUGUUUCAUCAUCAUCUUGAGAAUACAGAUCAGAAAGAAAACCUUUCAUCGCAUUUGAAAAUUUUGAGCCACGGCGGCCCUCCUUGAAGAUGUGGUGCUUAAUAAAUCGAGCAGAAAACGACCAGGUAAUUAUGUCGCCGCACAGAUGGCCAUGUUUUUCUUUCCGAGCGAAAUUUUCUUCCUGUACAUAGUACUAAUUUCGUUUAUUCGCCUGUACCUAAUUCUGGAACAAAUUAUACGUCGUGAAUGAGAUUCACGAGAAAUUGAGACUCAAUACGAAAGUUUGAGCGCGCCGGAAAAUCAUAAUUUUCUGACCGGACAAGCGAACGACUACGACGAGGAAUUGUACUUUUUACCUGACGCGACCACCACGGCAGGUGGAAUGAAUCAAAAAUUUCGUGAGCAAACGAAAAUUGGUAUAAGCGAAAGAAAAAGAAAAAGUAGUAGCACCAGAAGCGGUCUAGAG